GCUGAGAAAAAAUUUCACUCAGUUCCCAAAUUAUUUCCCAGUUUUUUUCUUACCGCCCAAACACAAACUCUUUCUAGGGUUUUAGAUUUGCUCGAAAUCAGACACUUUCUCAGCUUUCUUCAGGAAUAUCCGGCUCUGUUUUUUCAAAAUUUCCACUCGAAUUAUGCGCUUUUCGAUUCUCGUAAUCGUGGAUGCUGUUUCUGUAGGGUUUAUGAAAUGAUUUCACAUCAGUACAGAUGAUAUCGGUGAUGAACAAGGAUUUUGAAUUCGAGAAGGAACCGGAUGGCCUCGAAGAGUUGCGGGCGGAGGGCAGGGUUCUGGAGCACGCCGCUGACAGUUCGAAUCCCGACGAGAAGGUUUCUGAUUCGGGAGUUCUUAACGAAGCUAGGGUUUCUUUAAUGGAGUUGGAUCCCGGAGCUCCCGGGAGUGAGUUCGAUGCGAAGAUGUUGGCGAAUGGUAGAUCUGCGGAGUUUAGGGUUUUCCCGUCCGAGGAGGUGAGGUUUCUGGUCAGUUCGGUUGGCGAAGGCGAUGGUGGAGGUGCAGGUAUGGAAAUGAAGUUCUCGAGCUCUCUUGUUGAUGUUAAAGUCUCAAAAACUGAUAGAUUUGAUGGUUCAGUUGGUCAUUUCGAUGCACAGAACGAUCGAAAGGCUAAUUUGUCUCAGUAUAAGUCUUUAAUGUCCGAGUUUGAUGAUUACGUCGCGAAUGAGACUAGUGGAGCAAUGGUAGCGGCGGCUACUUCGAGGGCGAUGAGCUAUGGGUUUGAGGUGGGGGAUAUGGUGUGGGGUAAGGUCAAGUCUCAUCCGUGGUGGCCUGGGCAUAUAUUUAACGAAGGUUUGGCUUCUCCUUCCGUGCGACGCACUAGGAGGGAGGGAUAUGUUUUGGUGGCCUUCUUCGGGGAUAGCAGUUAUGGGUGGUUUGACCCUGCUGAACUGAUACCAUUUGAUCCUAACUAUUAUGAGAAAUCGAGGCAAACAAAUUCUAGGACCUUUGUAAAGGCUGUCGAGGAGGCAGUCGAUGAGGCGAGUAGGAGACGGGGUCUUGGCCUGGCCUGCAAGUGUAGGAAUCCUUACAAUUUUAGGCAGACGAAUGUUGAGGGAUACUUUGCAGUCGAUGUUCCAGAUUUUGAGGCAGGAGGUGUUUACUCCUGGAAUCAGAUUAGGAAGUCGAGAGAUAGUUUCAAACCCGGUGAGACUCUUUCAUUUAUCAAGCAACUGGCAUUGACUCCACGAGGCGGUGAUCAUAGAAGCAUUAACUUUGUGAACAAUAAAGCUACAGUAUUUUCUUAUCGAAGAGCGGUCUAUGAAGAGUUUGACGAGACAUAUGCUCAGGCAUUUGGUGUGCCGGCUGGGCCUGGGCGGCCCCCUCGCGCUGCAUUGGAUCAGCUUAGGGAACCAGCUCGAGCUCCUUUGAGUGGCCCCCUGGUGAUUGCUGAAGCUUUGGGGGGUGGGAAAAGUGCAGUAAAGUCUAUGAAGUUGAAGGACCAAUCUAAGAAAGACAGGUACCUUCUCAAACGCCGAGAUGAACCGAGUAACUUGAAGGACAUUGGGACUAAUCAGGAGCUGGCAACUUCUACUGUUCCCUUAUCUCUUGUGGCGGAAUCUGCUGAAACUGGAGGCGUUGGAGAUUACGUUCUGUUAAAGAGAACUCCAACUGUUUCUGUCGGGCCUCACAUACUGGCAAAAGGUGAACACACCGGGUUUGUUGGUAGGGAUAGUGUAAUUUCUAGUUUGAGUUUACCUAGCAGUGUAGCCGAGAUGGGUCAGGUGGCCGUGGGUGCCAAUGUUGUUAGCCAAGUGCAUUCUAUGGGCAUUGAGGCAUCCUCUGAUAAGGAAAUAGUUCCUCCAGGGGAAAUGAAAGAGACAAUGGUGCCCAGUGAAGUUGUUGGUUCUAGGAACGAUGCGCCCCCUGAUAUGGCAAGUGAGAGGGCUUUUCCUAGCAUGUUGGUGGAUAGUGAGCCUCCUCUUCAUGACAAAGCUGAAGCUUCGGGGGCUGAAAUUAUACUGAAGUCUUCUGAAAUUCCUCAACAACCAGAAUUUAGUAAUUCAGUGAAUGUUGAAGGCGACUGCACAUUGGAUCAAAAUUUGGACAGCCACGUCGCCCCCGAUCCUUCAUCAGCUGGAUCAGCUGGUGUGAAAUAUUCGGAUGGAGAUAGUUCUGUUGGAGGAGUCAUGAAGCCAAAGGUUCUAAAACGGCCAGCAGAAGACAUGAGCUCCUCUGGAACCUCAUUUAUGGUGGAGAAAAAGAAGAAGAAAAAGAAGCGAGAUUUAGGUGUGGAAAUAGGUUCUGACCAUGUACAAAAGCCGUUGGUCUCAAAGAAGAUUGGGAGCUCUGUAGGAAAACUUGCAGAUAAAUCCAACCAGGUUGGUUCCAGUUCGAGAGAGGAUUUUCGGCUGGAACAUCAGAAAAAAAGCAUUGCGUCCUCAAAUAACUCCAUCUCACAUGCUAGUGUGUUGCCAGUGUUUGGCCGAGGGAAUGACGAGGCCGAUGUGCCCCAACUAUUAAGUGACUUGCAGGCCUUUGCUCUUGAUCCUUUCCAUGGGACUGAAAGGAAUUGCCAUGUGAUUGUUCAGAAGUUCUUCCUGCGGUUUCGUUCACUUGUUUAUCAGAAAAGUCUAUCAUCGUCUCCGCCUUCUGAGGCUGAAUCUAAUGAAUUUCGUGCAGUUAAAUCUCCAGAUGUUAGCCUUGGAACUGAUAAUUUAAGUGAGAAUGUUCGAGAUUUGUCGUCCUCGAACUCAGUUAAACCCUUACUCAGACGUGAAGAUCCAACAAAAUCUGGGCGGAAACGUGUCCCAUCGGAUCGUCUGGAGGAAAUGGCAGCAAAGAAGUUGAAGAAAAUUAGUGAUAUGAAAUUGUUGGCAUCAGAGAAAAAGGGUACCCAGAAACUUGUUGAUAGCCAGAAACGAGAAUCCAGAGAUUCUGCAUUACCUACAACAGUAAAGAUGGUCAAGCGAGAUUCUGUGAAGAAGUUGGAGCCUCCUUCAGUAAGGAAAGUCGAUCCAACCAUGCUGGUUUUGAAGUUUCCUCCCGACACAUCGCUUCCAUCUCUCAAUGAACUAAAGGCGAGGUUUGGUCGGUUUGGGCCUAUUGACCAGUCAGGUCUCCGCAUCUUCUGGAAAUCAUUAACAUGUCGUGUUGUUUUCCUUUACAAAUCCGAUGCGCAAGCAGCAUUCAAGUAUGCAAUGGGAAACAAGUCCUUAUUUGGGAAUGUAAAUGUGAAGUACCAGCUUCGAGAAGUAGGAGCUCCUGCAACCGAAGCACCCGAAUCCGAGAAGGUCAGCACAGAUGACAAUCCUAUCGAAGCUCCCAGGAUGAAGGAUCCCACGGUCUUACCAGGGCGGGCAUCUACCCCGGUCAUACAUCAACCGCCCCUUCUACCACUCCCAGCAGUCCAGCUCAAAUCAUGCCUGAAGAAGUCAUCAGGCGACGAACCCGGUGCACCCAGCAUCGGCAUGGGAGGCAGCAGCAAAGGAACGGCGCGAGUGAAAUUCAUGUUGGGCGGGGAAGAAAGUAGCAAGGGAGAGCAAUUGAUGAUGAUUGGUAAUAGAAACAACAACAUCAAUGCUAAUUUUGCAGAUGGUGGAACAUCUUCUGUUGCAAUGGAUAUUAAUAGUAACUUCUUUCAAAAGGUCGUUUCUCCACCUCCACUCCCAAUUCCACCCCAAUUCGCUAAACCCCCUCAUACUCAUACUAUUACUACAAAUAUUAUGCAUCAACACUCGGAAAUGCCACCACCCAGAAAUUCACUCAACCACCACCACCACCACCACCACACAUCCUCCACGGCACCACCGACACCGCCACAACCACCACCUGCCCCCGUCCCUGCUGCCACUGACAUUUCCCAACAGAUGCUGAGCCUUUUAACAAGGUGCAGCGAUGUGGUCACCAACGUAACUGGCUUGUUAGGCUACGUGCCUUACCACCCUCUUUGAUGACAAAAAAUCUGCACAGUUUUUUGCAAGGGUAAAAAAUUCACAUACUCCCCGCCAUACCCGAACCUGGAUAUAAGAGGGAAACGAGUAGCAUGGCGUGGCUUGGUUCGGUUUGGUUGAAACCCAGCCUCUCGUUUGGGAGCUUAAUUCAUAACUUCCUCCAAAAUGAACCUAAAUGGGGUGUGUUUUUGAAGUCUGGGCAAUGGAAGAAGAAAAAGGGGGUGGGGGGAGAGGGGGGCAGUUCUGGAAUUUCCAAGUGGGCUUCAAUUUUCUUAAAGAUGAUGGAGAUGGGAUUUGAAGUUGAUACCAUAAUGUACUGAUAUUGAGAUAGUAUAUGGUCAUAUUAUUGCUCAAUUGCUUCCUUUUUUCUUUUUGUUUUUUUUUUGGGUCAAAUUUUCUCAUGUAAAUUGUUGACUAUGGAGUAGUGGACCACGAAUCCCAUUCAAAGAGUGAGUACUCACUCUCUCUACUUUCCAUUGUGUGUUGAACUGUGAGACUCUAGUGAGAAAAAUUUGCUUUAUUUUC